AUGGCACAAAGGGAUUUAACGUAUAAUACGCCAAAUGACGCCAACCAGGGAAAUGAAGAGGUGGAAAACCCGUUUGCUUCGCCCAUAGACGAAGAAAGCUCAUUUGAGCUGAAUCAACCGUCAUCUUCAAGUCAACUGGACGACUAUAACGAGAUGAACCGUCAUUUAAAUGACCCUAACUACGGAGGUGCCUUCAACAGUUAUAAUGGGUAUUACUCUCAAAAUGGGACCACAUCCAAUUUGUUGUCCCACGAGAACUCACAAGACGAUAGUACGGGCUUUCGGAACUCUUUGGGGAUCCCUAACGUGGACUCGUCGCAGAACAUUCAAGUACCGUCAGAAUACGACAGAUAUCCAUCUAUGGCGGGCUCGAGAGUGGUGUCGUCGACCUCGCUUUCCUCGAAUAUGUUCGGUAGCUCGAAUAACCUCCAGCAGAAUCCCCGUAAGUCGGAUGACGAUUCAUCAAUUUCUAACAAGUCUACCAACCCAUUUUUGCCGGGAACCGACUUCAGUCCUUUCGGAGGAUACCCUGCAUCAUCGUUUCCUUUACAUAUAGAGGAAAAGGAACCGGAUGACUACUUACACAACCCAGAUCCUAUCGAGGACGCAGCGUACGAUAAGAACAGAUUCAUUCACGAUUUAAAAAAUAUGGAUAGAAGAUCGUUGGGUGGGUUGAUAGGAGUAAUUUUCUUGGUGUUGGCAGCUAUUGUUGUGUUUAUCUUGUUGCCUGUGUUGACAUAUUCUGGUGUUACCGAUCCAUAUAUUCCUGAGAGUUACGAAAUUUUGACUUCUUAUCGCUAUCCUUUAUUGAGUGCUAUUAGGACAGAUUUGGUUGAUCCAGAUACUCCCGCAGAGGCCUUAACUAAAAAGACUUCGAAGGGUGAAACAUGGAAGUUGGUUUUUUCCGAUGAGUUUAAUGCAGAAGGUAGAACCUUUUACGAAGGCGACGAUCAAUUUUUCCAAGCAGCAGAUCUUUGGUACGGUGGUACUAUGGAUUUGGAAUAUUAUGACCCGGAUGCUGUGACAACUGCCAAUGGUACCUUAAACUUGAGAAUGGAUGCAUACAAGAAUCACGAUUUGUUUUACAGAUCUGGUAUGGUUCAAAGUUGGAAUAAAAUGUGCUUUACUCAAGGGUACUUAGAAUUUUCUGCGAGAUUGCCUGGUUACGGUAAUGUAUCAGGGUUAUGGCCAGGUUUAUGGUCCAUGGGGAAUUUAGGUCGUCCUGGAUAUAUGGCCACUACUGAAGGUGUCUGGCCAUAUACUUACGACUCGUGUGAUGCAGGUAUCACAGCAAAUCAAUCGUCUCCUGAUGGUAUUUCAUAUUUACCGGGCCAGAGAUUAAAUAAAUGUACCUGUCCUGGGGAGGAUCAUCCUAGUCCUGGUAAAGGAAGGGGUAGUCCAGAAUAUGAUGUUCUUGAAGGUGAAGUUAGUACUGAUGUAGGUGUUGGUGUUGCGUCUCAAUCGAUGCAAAUUGCUCCAUUUGAUAUCUGGUAUUACCCUGACUAUAAUUUCGUAUCAAUUCAUAAUGACUCGGUCACCACUUUGAACACUUAUACAGGUGGUCCAUUACAACAAGCUGUUUCGGGUACAACUACUUUGAACGUAUCGUGGUAUUCUGAAGGUGACAACGAACANAAUUUCCAGACCUAUGGAUACGAAUACUUGAAUGAUGAUGAUGAUGGAUAUUUGACGUGGCAUGUUGGUGAGGAUCCAACAUUGACCGUUCAUGCUUAUGCCUUGGGACCUAAUGGAAAUGUUGGGCGUAGAUUGAUGUCCAAGGAACCAAUGUCGUUGGUUAUGAAUUUUGGUAUUUCCAAUAAUUGGGCCUAUAUCGACUGGAACGCUUUACAUUUCCCACUUACCAUGCGCAUUGAUCAUAUCAGAGUAUACCAGCCAGAAGAUGCCAUCAAUGUAAGUUGUGACCCAGAGGAUUAUCCAACGCAUGACUACAUCCAAGCGCAUCCGAAGGCAUAUCAAAACAAUAAUCUCACAACUUGGGAACAAACUGAGUAUGGUUUCCCUAAAAAUAAAUUGCUUCAUCAAUGUUAG